GGCUAACGAUUGCGUCAUAACCACUCGACUCUCUGUCGCACAGUAGAGAAAUUACCGUACAGACAGGAGGAGAAGCUCGCAGGCAAUAGAGAAUGAGAAUUACGUCACAAUUCGGGAAGGCGCCGCCAUAUUAGCAGGAUACGCUAUCCGUUGCUAUGGCAACUUCUUCAGUGAACCCGAGAUAAAGCGCAACAGAGAGAGAGAGCAGAUUAAUUUAAUAAAUACAUUUUGCGAUACAGCACAGUUUUAUGGGAAGAAAUGGAGGAGGAGAAAAUGAAAGGAAAGGGCCUCUAUCGGGAGAGACUAAAUAACACCACGAGAGCUACAAACUGCGAGAGAUCUUGUACUACACUUUUAAUACAGUUCUGAUGUUUAUUAUUGUUAAAAUAAUACAGUUUUCGCCUACUGAGUCAUAGACUAGUGAUGUCAAGCAGUUUUUCUAAAUAAUGCUGCUUGCAAAUAACUUAGACUUAAAAAUGUACUUUUAAUUGCUUAAAGGGUCUGUGCCCGGUUGCAUAAAGCACCUUAAGUUUUUCCCUUAAGUAUGACACUUAAGGGGUGAUUUCUCCUUACCUAAGGGAAUAAUUUAAGGGUGUUGCAUAUAAUCCCUUAAACGGUUCCCUUAGGUAAGGGAAAACGCUAAGUGUUUAACGACAGCGACCUAGGUUUUGCCGUUAUAAAAUUCUAUUGUUGCCAUGGACACGCUACUGUAUACUUUAACCCAUUAGCGGCCAUUACAGAAAACAAUGAAUACAACCGAAAAAGAAAUGGAUAAGGAAAACAAAAAGAGAAAGCCAAAUUGGACAGAGGAGGAGAAGUGUAUACUUCUCGACGAAUAUGGGAAAAGGAAAGCGAUUUUAAAAAGCAAACUUAAUCCCAAUGUAACUGCUACCAAAAAAUAUAAACAGUGGGAGGAAAUAACCGAUACAAUUAACGCACGUAAUCUAGGUGUAAAAAGGACUGUUCAGGAAAUAAUUAAGAAAUACGAAAACAUCUCUGUGAUGGCAAAAAAAGAAUUAAGCGUUCACAAGAGGGAGUCCAAUAAAACUGGUGGAGGACCACCGCCCCCUGAAUUGUCAGACUCUACUAAAAUGGUCCAAGACAUCAUUGGGGCGGACUCACCUGUCCUGGCUGGCAUCACAGGAGGUUUAGAGAGUGAAGCUGAACCAGAGGAACAGCAUAACACGGAACUUUCCCAGCAAUCCCAAACGCAGCUCCAACACCGACAAAGCGCCAGUACGCCAAACCAGGCAGCAGCCAAAAAAACGCUUGCUACCAGAGAAGAAGUGCUGGAACUGCAGAAGGAAGUCCUGCAACUACAGAAAAACAAAUUGCAGCUGGAGAUCGAAAAAAUAAAAAAGGAGAAGGAAAAUCAAGAUCUGUACAACUUUAUUCUCAACAAUAAGCUUCUACAGCUACAGAGCGAAGGAAAAGUAACAAUCACGUCAGUUGACAAAUAA